AGCUGCGCUUGCGCAAGUCAUUGGCGCCAAGAUGGCGAUGGAAAUGAGGCUUCCUAAGGCUCGCAAACCUCUCAGUGAGAGCCUGGGCCGCGACUCCAAGAAACACUUGGUGGUACCGGGGGACACGAUCACCACGGACACAGGAUUCAUGCGGGGCCAUGGGACAUACAUGGGGGAAGAGAAGCUCAUUGCGUCUGUGGCUGGCUCUGUGGAGAGAGUGAACAAACUGAUCUGUGUGAAAGCCUUGAAAACCAGAUACAAUGGAGAAGUAGGAGACAUUGUGGUGGGGAGAAUCACAGAGGUUCAACAGAAGAGGUGGAAAGUGGAGACCAAUUCCAGGCUGGACUCUGUCUUGCUCCUCUCAUCCAUGAACCUGCCCGGAGGGGAGCUGAGGAGAAGAUCUGCCGAGGACGAGCUGGCCAUGAGAGGCUUCUUACAGGAAGGAGACCUCAUCAGUGCGGAGGUCCAGGCAGUGUUCUCGGAUGGAGCUGUUUCUCUGCACACAAGGAGCCUGAAAUAUGGAAAGCUAGGUCAGGGAGUUUUAGUCCAGGUGUCUCCUUCCCUGGUGAAACGACAGAAGACUCAUUUCCACGACUUGCCGUGUGGUGCUUCAGUUAUUCUGGGUAACAAUGGUUUCAUCUGGAUCUACCCUACACCUGAGCACAAAGAUGAGGAUGCUGGAGGCUUCACUGCAAACCUGGAGCCGGUAGCCCUUAGUGAUCGAGAGGUGAUCUCCCGGCUUCGGAACUGCAUAGUUUUGCUGGUAACUCAGCGGAUGAUGCUGUAUGACACUAGCAUCCUGUACUGCUACGAGGCUUCCCUUGCACAUCAGAUUAAAGAUAUCUUAAAGCCAGAAGUAAUGGAGGAGAUCAUGCUAGAAACACGACAGAGACUUUUGGAACAGGAGGGGUGAGGCCAGGUGCUGAAGGAUGGGACCGUGUGACUCUGGAGCAGCCUCUCUGGGAGGAGGAGGAAGAGUCUGCUGUGUGGUCAGUCUUCACCACACGUGGCCCAGGGAGGAUCUGACAAACACAUUCCUCACCUGCAGCGGCGCAGUAGAGCCAGGCCUGUUCUUUCCUGUUCUGAGACAAAGCCAGGGUGGAAGUGAAUGAUGGCUUUGGACACUCGGGUCCCUUUCAGAGCAUUGUGUCCCAGCAUGAUGAUGUAUCUUGGAGUAACUUGGAGAAUCCAUGUUUUACAGUCAUGCCACAUAACACCCCAUGAAACUGUUCCAGUAGAAAACAUGCUGGGCUGGGGAUAGAGCUUGGGUGGAGCACUUUCCUAACAUGUGAAAGGCCCCAGGUUCAAUUUCCAGCCCUACAGCCACCCAGAGAAAAGAAAACCAAAGAAAAAGAAAAACCAUGCAGUGCCAGCGGAAUGGUCUGUUUUGACUUCUAUUCCAUCUCCUUUAAUGCAGAAGUGUGUAGUUGGAGAAGAGGUGGUAGGGUUAGGCCAGCGGUCGGAUGGAUAGAAGAAUAAAAUGAACCAGCCUUUGUUGGAAUCUGUGUGUCCUGGUGACAGGGUAAGGGGUCUCCACCCUCUCCCUGGGCUUCCUUCCCCCUCUGUGUGAGCUGCUCCUGUAUCUCUAGCAUCUCAGGUCCUUCAACAUGUCCACCAGCAGGAACUGGCCUGGAGGCCUUAAGAAGGCCUGAGAUGUUCCCUGAGAUAGUGGCAGUGUUCUCUGUAGUGCCUGUCCUGCCUGAAGCUGAGCCAUUGCCAAUAACUGAGAGAAUGGGUGUUCUGGGCCCACAGUGCUUUUUGAUGCUCUGACCAAAACCAAAAUGGAGCUGUGAAGCCAAGCUGUUGCCUUAUGUAAUUGAUGUGGUGAUGUAUUAACUUCUGAAAGAUGGAAAGUUAGAAGAAACAAGAUACAGGUCCUCAGUGUAGAGUGCCAGUUCCUAUGCUUUGUUUUUCUUAUGACUGUUGAAAAAUGGGUACCCUGAUCCAGCAUGGUGAUUCCACAUGGAGGCAGAGGCAGGAGGUAAGGCCAACCUGGGUUAUACAAUGAGACUAACUCACUACACAAAACUAAUUUUGUACCUGAUUUACAUUUUUUCCCACUUACUUUGUAUAUAUUUUUGUGUGUGAGUGUGAGUGCAUGCAUGUGGAAAUCAGAACCAUUUGUAGGAGUCAAUUCUCUCCUAUCAUGUGUGUUCGAGGGAUCAAACUGAGGUCACCAGGCUUGGCAACAAGCACCCUUACCCACUGAGUCAAAACUGGCCCAAAACAUUUGUGUAUUUUUUUGCCAGAGCUAAGGAUGGAACCUAGGGUCUUGUGUUUAUUACUAGGCAAGGACAUCUCUGAGCGAUGGCUUGUUUGGAUACUGGGUAUGGUGGCAAACACCUUUCAUCCCAGCACUCUUGAGGCAGAAGCAGGUUGAUCUCUGAGUUCAAGGCCAGCCUGGUCUACACAGCCAAGGUUACAUAGAGAUCCCAUCUCAAAAAACCAAAACAACAAAUUCUUUGGGAAUUUCAUAAAUGUAUAAUACGAUGUAUUUUGAUCACAUCCACCCCCCACUUUCCCAUCCUCCAACUCCUGGACCCUCUGUCUGUCUGUCUUUCCUUCCCUCCCUCCCUCUUCCUUUUUUGAGACGGGCUAUUUCUUUCUGUGUAGCCCUGGCUGUCCUGGAACUCACUAUGUUGACCAAGCUGGUCUCAAACUCACAGAGAUGCAUCGGCCUCUGCUGAGUGCUGGAAUUAAAGAUGUGCUGGACUCCUUUUUAAAAAAUUUUAAAUAACCUACUGAGUCUAGUUCGUGCUGCCCAUCUGCCCGGAGUAUGGUCCAUCCUGGUGGCAGCAGUUUGAGGUGGCUGGUCACAUGGUGUCCAGAGUUGAACAGAUGAGUGCCGGUGCUCGGCUGGCCCACUUUGUCCUUUGUACCCAGCCCAAAUUCAACAGCAGUGAAACGCUGCUGCACACAGUUGGUUCUUCCACCUCUACCCAAUCUAGAAGCUUGCUGGUAGAACUUCCAGAGGUCUUUUUCCAAGGUGACUCUAAAUCCUAUCAAGUGGACAAUCAAGAUUAACCGUCACAUGGUAUCAUCAGUAGACAACUGCGUUUCUGAGGCAGCCAUAGAUGACAACUUUUAAUUUUUAUCUUGUGCUACCAGAGAUAACUGAAUUUCCUGUAUCUGUACUGCCACUUCAGGUGGGCUCACCUAUCUCAAAUUUCCCAGGUCGUUCACCUCUUCUUUUCCAUUUAUUUAUUUAUCUAGAGACAGGGUUUUUCUGUAUUGCCCUGGCUGUUCUAGAACUAGCUCUGUAGACCAGUAAACUCUCAGAAAUCUGCCUGCCUCUGCCUCCAGGGUGCUGGGAUUAAAGGUGUGCACCACCACUGCUUGGCGGUUGUUCACCUCUUAAGGGGAUGGGGAUGGGAGCCUAAGUCCCACUCGAGAUCAUUUGUCCUCACCUGUUUCUCCCAAGCUGCUGGGCAUGCUUUUUCAGUGACUUUCUGGGCAGUUCAGUAGAGAGGUCCAAAAGCAUCUUCAGCUGGGGAUGUGCUUUCUGUGGCCCACCAGAGGGCGCCCGUGGUAAGUGUAACUGUACAGUAGGUAUAUGAAGCAGCUGAAGUUUUGUUACUGAGCUUUGCUUUAUGAAAGUAAGGACCAAGUUAGAUUGAGUUGAACCACUUUUAAUAAAAGUUCUUUGAGCCAUA